AUGGCUUUCCAGCGAGCGACGGCCGUCCAGCAGCUGGAUCCGCAUACCUACAGCGCCGACUUUCAAGAGGAUUGGUGCAUUGGCUCCGGUGUGUCUUCGGGCGGGUCAAUCAAUCCCUCUCCCUUCUCGUGACCGACUGCUUCCGAUCGUGUUGCCCAGAAAGAAGACCGUUGGCUAACGACGAGGACGAUCACCAGUGCCACAUGGUGGAUACGUGACGGCGACGCUGCUGGUGAGUGGGACCUCUCGCUUCAAGUUCGUUUGGGGGAAGCCGCCGCCGCAAGGAACAUGCAGAAGAGAUAGAUAUCUAUCUAUCUAUCUAUCUAUCUAUCUAUAUCUAUAUCGACUGACCUCUUCGCUUCUUCUGCAUUUCUCUGUAGACGGCUGUCAAGCGACACUUCGAAACGACUCUCCGCAAGCAGAACCAACCUCAUACUCUCGCACUUCACCUCGAUUUCCUCCGCAGGACACAGACGGGUCCCGUACGCUUCCAUGUCAAAGAUGUCAAGCUCGGACGUCAGACCAGCGUCGUCCAUGUCUCGCUCUCUCAAGAUGACCGUGAAGAAGUGGUUGGGUGAGUCGUCCCGUUCUUCUUCUCAUCUUUCCUCUCCCACAUCACCUCCCACCCAGAACACCCAUACGAAGCCCUCUCCCCCGACACAGCCUCUGACCUCUCCCCCACGGGGCACACAGGUAUAUCACGCAAUCCAACCUCCAUACGGAAAAAGGUCUUUCAUACCUCACGAACCAUGCGCCCCAUCCCGAGCGAAUACCGCUAAGCGACGGCACCACCUCCCUCCUCCUAACCGGCAACGACCCCCUCUGGACGGAAAAACGCGAAUGGCCGAACCCCAAUUUCCGCAAAGCAACGCAACAGAUCCGCGCCUGGUUCCCGCGCCACGGCCAAGUCGCCCAGAACAUCUACGACCAAUGGAUGUGCUUCCGCGACCCUGCGUCCACAUGGACCCACGAAUCCCUCGGUUUCCUCGCCGACAUGUUCCCGCAGAUUUUGGAAUCCUUCUACCUGGAUGGCUUUGACCCGUAUGACCCGAAGCUCGACGAGCAGUACAGCGUGCCGGAACUGCGGGCCAUGUCGAAGGGCAAAGCGCCGUUUUGGUAUCCCACCUUGCUCUUGAAUCUGGAAGUCAAAAAGGCGUUACCGGCGGCCGGCGUCCGGUUUCUGUUCUCCCGCUUGCAGACGAAGAUGAUUCGCAAUGGCAGGUAUGAUCUGGAAGUGCUCGUUUACGAUGAAGGUGGCGAUCUGGUGGCUCUGAGUCAUCAUGUCUGCUUUGCUGUGGGGAGUGAGAGGAAUCUGGCUGCGAGGAGGAAGGCCACUACCGUUGAGGAGAAGCUUUAA